AUGCACGUCCCCACCAUUCUCGCCAGUCUCCUCACCGUAUCCGGCUCCAUGGCCGCCGCCGUGAAGCAGGAGGAUAACGUCGGCGUUGCGAUGAUGACUUAUAACGGCGACGAAUCGCUUCCUCUCAACGUGCCCUUCGGCGUCCUCAGCACCAACAAGGGCGUCAAGGUCACCGAGCUCGAGAUCGUCAAUGUUUACUCCAGCGUCAAGGGUGUCAAGAUCCCCAAGGCCGACCAGGUCACUUGCCAGGCGUACAAGGACAAGUGGGGCACUAUUCCUGCCAGCAAGGACUUCACCGCCAAGAAGAGUGCUGUCCUCAGCACUAAGCCCGCUGCUCCGGUCUGGGUUCUCUGCCGUGUCAACGCUUCCAAGUAA